UUAAAAUUGGUCAUAAAAUGGAGGAGUGGAAAAUAUCAAUUUGUCGGCAAUCGAAAGGGGGCGAAAAUGGCGGUCUCUUGAUUUUUCCGUUACCGCCAUUACUAUCUCCGGAAUACGAAAUAAUCGAAACCCCCUUCCCUCUCCUCUUCCCAAUAUAAGGGGGGGAAAUCAAUAGUAAGGAAGACAAGAAACCCUAGAGAAACCUGACUGACCUCAUAAAAUCUAAUCCAAUUCAAAUUUUUUCCAACUGCUCCAAAUCGAAUUCAAGAUGAAGUCAAAGCGGAAAGCAUCUCUCCAUGCCAAUCUGUUAUCCGCAAAUGGCGCUGCGGCGGCGGAUGAUCAGGGUCAAGCUGGCGGCGGCUUGGCGGGCCCGGCUAGGGACGACGGUGCUGUUGAGAUUUUAGCGAAUCGAGAUGGGGAUGAGGGUAAGCUGGAGAAACCCGAGGAGGUAGUAGUAGAAGAUGGAGAAAGAGAAGCAGAAGCAGAAGUGGAAAAUGAUGGUGAUGGUGAAGAAGCAGCAGUCGGAGAGGAAGAGGCGGCAGAGGAAGACGAGCAGGAUGAAGGCCAAGAUGAGCGGCCGAAGCUUGAUGAUGGUUUCUUUGAAAUCGAAGCUAUUCGGCGUAAACGGGUUCGCAAGGGUCAGCUUCAGUAUCUCAUUAAAUGGCGAGGCUGGCCAGAGACUGCCAACACGUGGGAGCCUCUAGAAAAUUUGCAGUCUUGUUCUGAUUUUAUUGAAGCAUUCGAGGAAAGGAUGCAAUCUGAAAAAUCUAUUCGGAAAAGGAAACGCAAGUCUGGGGGCUCUAAUUCGCAGGGUAAGAAGAAGCAGUCGCGUGCUUCAUCUGCUAACAAUUUGACAGGUGAUGAUGUCAGUGCAGCUGACAGAAGCUUACCCUCGACCUCUCUGAACACAUCAGGCCUUGCAAGUCUUCGAGCACACACUCGUGAAGAAGAAAGUGAUGAAAAUGGCACCAAUGUCCAAGUUGCCACUCAAGCGGGUGAGAGCUGGUGCACUAGCCGCCCAAGACUUCAAUUGGGCGUGAAGGAUGAUACUGAAUAUGAUCCAAAGCUUAGUGAACUGAGAGGAACGGCAACAUCAAAUGAUGUUAAUGGAGAUCAGAUUUCUGUUCAGUUUGUUGAUUCCAAGGCUCUCGAAGUUGUUGAGAAUGGGUCGUCUCUCAAGGUUGAUUCGGUAGACCCUGUUCAAACCAACCGUAGAACAGGUGCUAAGAGAAGGAAAUCAGAGUCUGUGAAGAGAUUUAAAAAAGAUCCAGCCUCUUUUGAAGCUCCUCUCGUAGAUAAUUCAGCCUGUAACAUCUCUCUCAGCUUUGAAGGUGAGAUGACUGAAGCAUCUAAAAUCAUCAAGAUUCUCAAGCCGGUCAGCUAUUCAGCUUCUUCAUUUGACAAUAUUCAGGAUGUGGUGGUAACGUUUGCUGCAGUGAGGUCUGAUGGCAAGCAAGUACUUGUGAAUAACAAGUUUUUGAAGGCUAAUGAUCCACUGCUGUUGAUAAAUUAUUAUGAGAAGCAUCUCAAGUAUAGUACAUGA